GAUGCUUUGAACAACUUUUCAGUGGGACUGCAUGCAUCUUCCUUCUGUAGUGAAAGACCAAGAGAAAAGGUGUGUAAAGGAACCCCAAUACAAUUACCUGAAGCCAAGCUCCAUCCAAACCGCCACCAUGUCGAGCAAACGUGCCAAGGGAAAGACCACAAAGAAGCGCCCGCAGAGGGCCACCUCAAACGUCUUUGCCAUGUUUGACCAGUCCCAGAUCCAGGAGUUCAAAGAGGCCUUUAACAUGAUCGACCAGAACCGUGACGGCUUCAUCGACAAAGAGGAUCUGCAUGAUAUGCUGGCCUCUCUGGGCAAGAACCCUUCGGAUGAGUACCUGGAGGGGAUGAUGAGUGAAGCACCGGGGCCAAUCAACUUCACCAUGUUCCUGACCAUGUUUGGAGAACGACUCAACGGAACUGACCCAGAAGAUGUCAUCCGUAAUGCCUUUGCUUGCUUCGAUGAGGAAGGAUCAGGUGUGAUCCACGAGGACCACCUGCGAGAGCUGCUGACCACCAUGGGAGACCGCUUCACCGACGAGGAGGUGGACGAGCUGUUCCGUGAAGCUCCCAUCGACAAGAAGGGCAAUUUCAACUAUGCAGAGUUCACCCGCAUCCUCAAGCACGGCGCUAAGGACAAGGACGACAUGUAGAGGACACAUUUCUGACAGCUUCACAUACAUGAAGGUGCUUGAGCAGCUGUGACCCUACCCUCUUCAGUAUAGACUCGGGGUCAAGUAAUAUCGGAAAUUAUUCUGGUUUAACCUGGUCAGAUAGGAGGACUGUCAUGGGUUCUACAUCUGAGAGUAUUCCAUCAUACCAGGCCAACGCAGUCAAUUGCAUAAGAAAAUAUUUUAAAUUGCCUUUUUAGUUUUGCUAAAAUGUACAAAGUGUGGACUAUUGAAGAGUGGUGCAUCAUGGCUUAAUAUUUAGGUGCAUUCCCACAACAUAAAAACAAAUGGCUUUUAUGUAUUCAAAUAUACGUGACAUUAUGUGCUAAGGAAGCCAGGUUGACUUUUGAACUACAUCCAGAACCUGUAUGUGGACAUCAGUUUCCACAACUAAUAAACAGACCUGCAAUCAUAAA